CCUUCCUUCAUUCCUUGCAGGUUGCAGCAGUCCGGCGAGGGGAGAGAGGGGCGAGAUGGGGUCGGUGGUGCUGCCGACGCUGCGGCGGAAGCGGGAGGUCGACGCCGCCAUCCGCGACACGCUCGACAAGGUCCUUGUCCUCCGAUUCGGCCGCGCCUCCGACGCCGCCUGCCUCCAGCUCGACGACGUCCUCGCAAAAUCUUCUUGGGACAUAUCCAAAUUUGCAACGGUAGCAUUGGUUGACAUGGAUUCUGAGGAGAUUCAAGUGUAUGUUGACUAUUUUGAUAUCACGUUGGUCCCAGCAACCAUUUUUUUCUUCAAUGCUCAUCACAUGAAAAUGGAUUCAGGGACACCUGAUCACACAAAAUGGAUAGGCUCUUUCAGCAGCAAGCAAGACUUCAUUGAUGUAGUUGAGGCAGUAUUCAGGGGCGCGAUGAAAGGCAAACUGAUAGUGUCUUGCCCACUUCCACCAGAGAGGAUACCCAGAUUCCAACUCCUUUUCAAGGAUGUCUAAUGACAAGAAGCACACAUUCUCAACAUAUGUAUUGGUCUUUUAGAUAAUGGAAGAGUUUCAUUCCCCCAUCCUCUGCACACAUAUCCAUGCUGCCAGACCUAAAGAAUAAGAUGUUCAUGGUAAGGAAAAAAGGGACUUGAGCCAGCUUUGUGCUAGCUGGUGCAUUCCUUGCUCCUUUUUUUCUUCUGCGACUUGAAUGAUCACAAGGGGUGCACUGCAGGAGGAUAUGGAGAUGUGCUUGGAUGAGCUUGGUGAUGAACAGUCAAGAGUUAGCAUUUGCACUGGUUUGCAUCAACUCUGUUUCUCUAUGUUAUAGCAUAAUACAGCAAUUGGUGUUUUGCCCUCUCUAGUCUGUAGAUUUCUGUAUUUCAAAAACUAGAAUGGUCAAUUAGGUGCUUAUCUGUUACUUUAGUUUGGUGCAAGCCUGGUUAUAUGUAGUAAGACUAGUUGGUGUUUUGAAGUGAUGCAAUCAGUUAUCAAAAUUUA